UUGCGAUAAAAAAUACAUCUUAUUCCACUUUUGCCCCUCCCUCACCGGCCAUUCCCAGAAAAAUCCCAGUAGGUUUCAAAACACCGCCCUCCGAAUUCAUCUGUUUAAUUUGCUCCGAUGGAUUUCUUCUCCGUCUUCUCUGGCGACGAAAAGUCGGAGGAACACGACGACAGCGGCGGCGUUUCAGUUUCUAAUCUCUCCAAUCCAGGUACCACUUGGAGCUUCGGUGGCCUGAUUAAGACUCUGGCGACCAAGUCCGAAUCUGUUAUUUCGAACUAUCGCCGUGAUCUCGAGGAAUUAGGAUCCGGAUUGAGGAACGAGACGUCGGUGAUCCGAGAAGUCGCAUCGCGUGCCGUGAAAGACCUUCCGACUACGCUCGAUGUCGGCGCAUCCGUUGCACAGGAGUCGCUUGAGUCGGUCGGCCAAGCCAUAGACGACAUCGGAAGCGCCGUCUGGAAAUCGACGUCGAAGAUUAUCUCACAUGGUAGGGAGACGUUUUUAGCUGCCGAUCUUGUUUCUGGAAAUCAUGAAAAUAAUAGCGAUGUUUCUCUUUUGCCAAAGCAAUUAGGAAGUAGCAAUAGUAGAAAUCUCGAAUUCAAACAGUAUAAUAGGUUCAAUACGCAAUUGCUCGCGCUUCAGCGAGACCUGAAUACGUAUUUGGAGGAAACUGAGGAUUCAGAAGAUUACAAGAAGUGGCAAUUAGGUUUCGUAUUGGAGGAUAAGGAAGAGGAAAUUGAUAGUUUGGUCAAUGAAAGUGAAGAUGUUCGAGAGAUUUAUCGGACGGUUGUUCCAACCACAAUCGUCCGCGAGCUCUUUUGGAGCAGGUACUUUUACAGGCUUCACAAGCUAAAGCAAGCAGAAGAAGCCAGAGUGAAGCUUGUGAAGCGAGCAAUUUCUGCAAAAGAAGAGGAAGAUUUGAGUUGGGAUUUCGAAGACGAUGAUGAAACUGAGGAGAAUUCCAGUGGAGUUCUCAGUACCGACAGUUCAGAGAAUGACAAAACAGGAGAGGGAAACGUGAAGAGUGAUAGCUCUAAGAAAAUUGCCGUUUCUGAAAGCAGCGAUAAGAAAUUGGAAGAGAAAGUGGCGGCAGAUGGAAGAGCAGACGGCGGCGAUUCCUGUAAAGACAGCGACAUAUCAAUCAUUUCCAGUCAGGCACCGUCGUCCGGGGAAGAAGAACUUGGAUGGGACGAAAUUGAAGAUAUUGGAACCAUUGAUGAGACGAAAGGCAAUUCCUCUGGCAGUACGAAAAAAAUUGAUUUGCACAAGCGGCUAAUUGUGGCAGAGGAAGAGGAGGAUCUGAGUUGGGAAAUUGAGGAUGAAGAUGAACCUGCUAAAUCAUGAAGAAAAGAUCUUUUUUUUUUUAUACCUCAAAUUAUACAGUCCAUAGAAUCUAUGAUUUUGAGACUACAGGAAUGAAACAUAUUCAUUUGGGUGGUGAUUAUUAUAUUUCUUGUUCAUAUCUUAUUGUCCUUUGUCAUGUAUAAAUUGGCUCUGUUUUUGCUUCAA